AUGCAUGCUCACACACAUGCACACACAAGCACACAUGCAAGCAUACACACAUGCACACAUUCAAGUACACACGCAUCUACUGAAAUUGGACCUGAAUGUCAAACACGCACGCACACGCGCGCGCACAGACACGCACACACACACACACACACACACACACACACACACACACACACACCCCUCUGA